AUCAUUAUCGUCUGGAAUGAUUGAUGGAUAACCGCACCCUUAAAGUAUGUGUAGUGUAGUGCAGUUUAUGUGUAUGAAAUAAUGCAUGUUGAGAAGUGUGGUUUUGCUACAUGAAUCUGUUUAGUUUUUGACUGUUGAAAAUACCGGAUUGACUGAUAAAGAGAAGGUUGAGAUCCAAAGAGAUAUAUAUAACUGCAAGAGAGCAUAGUGACAUGGUUUCUUAACAUUUGCGUUUGUGGGGCUACCAACUACCAAAAGAUCUUUAAUUUCAUCUCUGACCUCACCCUGCCACGCUUGGCAGAAGCAUCCGCAAGCUUUUUCAAUAGGCCAAGGUGUGACCUUUUGGGACCAGCACAGUGGCAGAAUUGUCACAAUUCAAAGCCUGUGGGUAGCCGCAGCAGAUGAAGGACUACAGGCAACUAUAGUUAAGGGCAACAGCAAGCAAAGCAAAGUGUGUCUGCCUAAGGAAAACCUAUGAGAAAACAAACCCUUACAAGAAAAAAAUAAUAGAGCCGCAUAUAGAAGAGAAAAGGGAGAGAUAUUGAAAAAAAAAAAAAAAAACUGGAUUUCAGUGGGAAUCAGUAUCAUCCACCAAGUCCUAUACAAAGUCCACAUGACUCACAACAACAAAACUUGAUCAGCACACACACAGCUCAUUAUCAGGUAUCUCAAAACCAACCUUCAUAUGUUGUAGGUAUAGGAAGAAGUUCCCACGGAAUAGAACCAUCUACUUUGGACCAAGCCAUAAAACACAGGAAGCAUAAUAGAGAAGGAACAUUCACAAGGGUCAUGAGGAGCAGUGUAGGAGAUAUUGUUCAAGUGGAAGGAGGACACAUUGUUAGGUCCACGGGUAGAAAAGAUCGCCACAGCAAGGUCUAUACUUCCAAAGGGCCUCGUGAUCGCCGGGUUAGACUCUCAGCACACACAGCCAUUGAGUUCUAUGACGUUCAAGACAGACUUGGCUAUGACAGACCAAGCAAGGCUGUGGACUGGCUCAUCAAGAAGGCAAAGUCUUCCAUUGACAAGCUUGCUGAGCUUCCUCCAUGGCAUCCACCUAUUCAUGAGGAAAAGCAGAAUGAUGCUGCAGGAUCAAGUGGAAUCAUGGCCGUUGAACAACAACAAGAAGAACCUCAUCAACAACAGUCAGAGUCUUGUGGCUACAACUUUCAGCUCCAUAGGCAACUGGGGGCCUUUAUUUCUACCCAUGUUGACACUGACCCCAUCAAUUUUCAAACCAACAACAACUCAGAAGAUCUUGGCCUAUCUCUCCACUGUUUCCAAGACCACCCUGGCCUUAUUAACUGGCCAUCGCAACAAGGUGCAAAUCAAGCACCUCCUUCAAAUGAGCACCAAAUUCAAACCCUUUUUGCUGGCUCAACCCCAGUUUCGUUUGAGAACCAUUAUCAAAGAACUGUGACUUGGAACAAUGAAGCAACAACCGGGGAUCAUGUGAGCAGAAUGGGAUUCUUUCUCAACUCACAGCCAUUUAUAGGCCAAGGUUCUGCUUCAGCUUAUGCUCAAAGUGAGACCCUUCAGUCCAGUUUUUCAUUUCCAAUGACUUCCUCUGAGCAUCAGAGGCCCCAACCAGUUCACCAACCUUCCAUCUUUGGCAGCAGGUUUGCUGUCUCUGAUGGAUUAACCGGUUUCUGCAUUCCAGAUAGAAUUCAAGAUGUGGAAGAGAACCAUGGAGAUGCUUCCAAUAGGCCAUCUUCUUCUCCUAGUUCUAUCCACUGACCGACCCCACAACAAGAACUGAACAAUGCUGUAGUCUUCAUAUCAGGAGUGUUCUCUACCAGAUUUUGGAACCGAGUGAAGAUUAUUUAGGCACAUUGUUAUGAUCUACAAAGAUUUCCUUUCAAUUUGACUUUCCUUUUUGGUUUUAAAUUUAAUGUGAGUUCCCUUCAUUUUACCCUGCAAUCUAUAUGUAUAAUCUACAUUGAUGAAAUUGUCAUUGAGUUGAGUUUGGUGGUUAUAGUCCUUACUGUAUUUUGAAUGUUGAGAAAAACAUAUUUCAUCUGAUAUCUGAUGAAAA